UUGGCCUGUCGUUAUUCGGCUAAAGUGUAAUCCGUGUGUCAACAAAGUCAACUAACUCAUAUGAAGCAUCGAAAAUAAUAAUCAUAAAUGAUAAGUUUAAAGUUACUUUGAAAUGAGGAAAAAGUACUAGCGUUAUGUAAUUUUUUGCAAACUAUUUACAUAAAAUUUAAUAAACUAGUAAAAGUGAUGAAAAGAGGACUUUUUUAGAGUUGAGGUUAGAAAGCCGUGAAAUAACAGUGUAUAAGAACAUCUCAAGAAAUUUUGAAUAAUAUAUCUAAAGGAAUAUUCUCUCCCUAAUGUCUUCGAAAGUUGAAACGCUUUGGAAGCAAGCAUUGAAAACAUUCGCCGGUCGUCAAACUAAUGGAUUCAAGCUUUGUCCGAAAAAUUUUGACAAGCUGAGGGCUUUGAUGAAUGACAUAACAGCGGAAGACGUCAAGGUUGACAAGAAAAUUCUGGAUCAUGUGGAGAAUCAGUGUGCGCCAAUGUGUGUUAUUGACAUAUUUGAAAAUCAAGACAUCACGAUAGCAAUAUUUUUAUUAAAGCAUGGAGUCACGUUGCCGAUGCAUGAUCAUCCUGGAAUGCAUGGAUUGUUGAAGGUGAUAAAUGGAGUAGUGAAAAUCGACAGUUUUACAAUACAAAUCCCUUCGAGUGGAGUAAUCCAACUGGAUGAGGAACUUACAGCUCUACGACAUGCUUCUGAAAUAGUUGAAACCAAUGACCCAGCUUGUGUUUUAACUCCUCAUGACCACAAUUUGCACGAAAUAUCAUGUGUCAAUGGAACUGCAGCCUUUCUUGAUAUUCUUAGUCCCCCAUAUAAUGUGGACCUUGAUGAGCGAGAGCGAAGUCUACGACCCUGUACAUUCUUUCGCCAAAUCGCGCAGCAACUACCUAACCCUUCAGGAGAUGUACCUGUUAGAGUGAAACUGCUUGCUGUCCGUCAGCCACCAAUGUUUUACUCCACCAAUCUAAAGUAUUUGGGUUCACCUCUGAGAUGAUGCUCCUAAUUGAGAGAUUUAAAAUGCAUUUUAUUACGAUAAAUGCCCAAAGGAAUAAUUAAAUUUAAAUUUUAUAUCUUACAGCAAGUUUCCAUGUACCAUUGAUUUUAUUUCUUUGGUGAAAUCAUAUAAUUCAUGUCAAUAUUUGUUAUGUAUUGAAUUAAACGUUGCUUAAUAUGCAUUAUGCAAAACAUUUUCAAAACUUAUUACGGAUAUAAUUUAUGAAAAUUGUAAUUAAUCUAUUGGUGGUGAUUUACUUGGAUUUAAUGUAUUAUAAUACGAAAUAGGAUUAAUUUUUUUCAUUACAUUUUAUUACAAUUUUUCUCUAUGUAUGUCUAUUUAUUAAAAAUGUAGAUAAUAUAAUUUCAUAUAAUCACAUUGGAUAGUACAAAAAAAUGUAGCAGAAAAUAGUUUUAAUAGCUGGUAAAGGACAUAAUUUUAAAAAGGUAAAGUUAUGAAAAAUCCAACGUUAAAGGUUUAGAUGGUUUAGAAUGUUUUAAUGGCAAUUUCAUUAAUAAAUUAUAAAAAAUUUUAAUCCAUUUAUUAUCGACGCGUCCAGAGACCAUUGUACUUAAUUAAUUGUAAUAAAUUACUGCGAUCGUGCUGAUUGUCUGAAACAAAUAUAUUUGAAUACUAAGGUA